UAUACAUAUGAGACACGGUUAUUUCUUUUUAUACAAAUUAGUUGACUGUCAUGUUCUUUAAUUAAAACACAUAAAUGCACCUUUUCGGUAACCCAGUUAAUCAGUGACUAUAUUUUCGCUACGUCUUCAACGCACUGGCUACGAUUUGGCUACGAGCCUACGUUGUAGCACACACACAGCUUUGGGCUGGAAUCAUUAAACCUUUUGUUUGCUUUAAUCUGUAACCAAUAUUAAAAUGCAGAUCCUGUUAAUGUAAGUUCUGUUAUAUUAAAUAUUAACUUCUGUUUAACUUAAAUUACGAAGAAAUUCCAAAGUGAGAGAGGAAAUUGUGACCGCCUUCCGCCAUCUGUCGCAACGGAUAUGAACUAUUAAGGCGGUGCGCGUAUCUCUCGGGUGUCGAACGUUUCCCUCAGCUGACCUUCUACUCCUUCACUCUUAGUCGUAAGCUGCUAGGUUAAUAGAGAUGAAAGGGGUAUUUGGAUUGUAUUAAUAGAAACAAAACAAUAAAAUAACUUGACAUUACAGAAGAAAUAACGUAUCCUUAUAGAUAGCCUUUACGAGUCGAAGGAUUGUCCUUGACAGAGUAUUCUUAUUUAUAUCGAUAGCUCACGUAUUUUACCUAAAAAAACCUUUAUAUUUUUUAAUUAAUUCAUAUUUGAAACACUAAAUUCGCAAAGUUAAUAAUUUGAUAUUAGCAGCUGCGGAGUAUACUAGUAAGGAUGUGUACAUAUAUUGUUGCAUAGUUGAUAUGCGCACGCAUAUAUGUUGUGUAGCGGUGGGCGGCGCGGCGCGCCCUGCCGCCGCGAUCAAUAAGGCGUCUGACGUCAUUGCACGGCGGCGCGCCAUUGGUCCGGCCGGCAUUAUUAAAUAAACCUCCGAGUGGAGUGUCGCGCGCGGGCACAGCACCGCAGCACGCGGCGGGCCCGCGACCCGCAGGCGGCGCGCGCCCGCCAUGGACGACAUGCCGGACCUGUCGCACCUCACGCCCGAGGAGCGCGCCAUCAUCGAGGGCGUCAUGCUGCGGCAGCGCCAGGAGGAGCAGCGCGAGCACGAGAUCAUGAGACGUAAGCAAGAUGAAGUCGCGGUGCUUGAACAAACGAUCCGAACUCGAAAUGAAAUGCACCGCGCAGCUGGCGUCGAACUAGCGGCGACGUGUCACAUCUGCCUCAAAACUAAGUUCGCUGACGGAGUCGGCCACUCGUGCCACUACUGCCGCGUCAGGUGCUGCGCCCGGUGCGGGGGCAAAGUCACUCUACGUUCUAACAAGGUUAUUUGGGUUUGUAUAUUGUGCCGCAAAAAACAAGAACUUUUGUCUAAAACGGGACAAUGGAUCCACAAAAAUUCUGCACAAGAUCCAAUGUUAUGGCGUAUGGAAAAUGAUUUACGAGGCCUGCCAUCACAGCCUGACGAGACCCUCGACAAGAGACCUAAACUAGAGAGGGCACAUAGUGCUGCGGAAAAAGAAAAUCUUCCACUUCAGAGAUCAGGUAGCGCACUCCGACGCCAAUACAGUCAACAAGAUCAAAGGUGUUACGGGGAACUGGAAGGGCUGGCCAGAACUCAUCCGCAUCUAGUACAUCCCAGGCAGAAGGCUGCGUACGGGGUAGUUGAGUCCGGUGUCCCUCCUCCGAGCUCCCAGUUGUUGCCACACACGCCUUUGGUCCACCCAGUCUUACCGCCACGGUCUUCUUCUUCGGACGAUGAAGUUCCAGAAUGCGUUUCUGAUGAAAACGACGAAUACCGUGACCGCGGACAACUAGAGGCAUGUGCUCCAGUUCGGCACCCGCAUCUUCGUAGCGCCAACGUGGCUGCCAACAAUUAUUACAAUUUGGUUAAUCAUUCGCCGGCCGAUUACGAGGCCGAGGCGCGCGGUCAAUUCGAUGUGGCGAGGACCGGGCCGUCGGGUGGACGCAGUUUCGAUUCUGUUACCGACUGCCGGUGGCGGGCUCGCGACGAUGGCGAGGGCGCGUAUCUGCGGCCCUACGCUCCGGAAGAGGGCCCGCGCCCCGAUCGAGCUGUAUAUAAGAGUGCCUAUUUGUGGGAAGACUCCUCUGACAAUAGACGUUUUACCGAGAGGAGAAAAAAGACCGUUCGCUUUGAUGGGCACGAGGGCGCAGCGACGUUCCCGCGAGGCGGGCGCGACGCCUCGGGCGCGCCGCACGACUGGGCCGCGCUGCGCUGGGAGCCCGAGCGCCAGACCAGCCAGGACUCCGCCACCAAAGACUCGGGCAUCGAUACCUCUAGCACCUUCACGUCCAGUGAAGAUUCUAACAGAGGCGAUUGCCCCAAGUUUCCGCUGAGCUGGCAAGUGUCAGCGGAUGGUUCUCGAAUGAUCGGCCACAUGGUGCUUCGAAAGAGCGUAGUGGAAGGUAGUUCGCAUUCCUCUGCUGCUAUUCUGGGCCUUAAAGUUGUGGGAGGGAAACUCCUACCAGAUGGCACGCGAGGAGCGAUCGUAGAAAAAGUCAAGAAAGGAUCUAUAGCUGAUUUGGAAGGACAACUUAGAAUAGGUGACGAAGUACUGCAAUGGAAUGGAGUGCCGUUGCAAGGUCGUAGCGCGGACGAGGUCGCGGCAGUAGUCGCCGACAGCAAACACGACUCGCACGUGGAGCUGGUGGUAUCCCGGCCACUCGCCGCCAUCCGCCCGCCCGCGCAGCCCUGGAGAACUCACAAAGGUCACCUAUUAGAGGCAGAAGUAUAUACGGAAGUUUUGGGAGGUUGUGAAAAGCCGAGCGUGUUGGUGACGUCACCGGGAUCUCCUGAUGUACACUCCCGCCGCCGCCCCGCUAGGUACAACCACCACAAUGCGAACGUAUCGGGUCGAAUACAGCUGAAAAUUUACUUCGACAUCACCGCUCUUCAACUAUUAGUGACAGUUGUGUCGGCGAGUGGUUUAACACCGAGAUCAGACGGCUCACCCCGAUGCCCUUAUGCAAAAAUAUUUUUACUACCUGACAAAAGCGAGAAAAGCAAGCGACGUACGAAAACCUUAGCAAACACCUUAGAGCCUCGAUGGAACCAAACCUUCGUGUACUGUGGCAUUCGUAUUACCGACAUAAAGAAGAGGACUUUAGAGGUCACUGUCUGGGACUUAAACCGAUAUGGACCAAAUGAUUUCCUCGGAGAAGUACUGCUCGAUUUAGACACUAUAUUAAUGAAUCACGAACCAAACUGGUAUACUUUGAAGCCACACGAAGAGACCGGGAGCUUUAGUAGAUAUCGGGAAGACGAGGCAGACGGGGAACACUUGUCUCCUCCGUCGACAUCGACCUCCCGUCUGUCAGACUCGGACACGCCGAGCGAAUGCGACCUGCGACGUCAUCACUCGCUCUCCAGCCUUGCAUCCAGCUCCAGCCCACCACCGCCUCACGACAGGAUGGACUUGGAUCGAUCCAGAGGUCGUGAUAUGUCCCCAGCUGGCAGAGUACGAACUGCCGGAAUGAAUCGAGAACGCAGCGGCGGCUACAGCGUGGCGCGCUCGCAGUCGGCAGCGGGCGUGGCGCGGCCAGCUCGCGCGCGCAGCAAGUCGCCGCGGCGCUCGCUCUCGCCGCCCGCCGACCGCGACGGCUGGCGCUACACAGUGAACGAAGACCGAGGAAGCGACGCCUCUCGUUUGCCAACGCACGCGUAUGCCCCACGUUUCCAGUCUCGCUCAGCCACGGCGACACCCACGACUAGUCCCAAAAAACGUCAACUGCCCCAAAUACCCCAUCACCAGAGUGGCCAGAGGGCUGUACGCGCGCAAGUGUCGGCGGAUCUCGAGGAACGUAAGUGGAUCGCCCCGCAUCACAUUGGCGCCACACUAACGUACCGCAGCACGCCACAAGGUUGGGAAAGACAUUACGCAGGGCUGUCAGACUCAGAGCUGGCGGCACGUAGUGGCGGCGGAGGCGCUGGUGGCUGGGCACCUCGGCGUCGCUUGUCUCCCGACGCGACCGCCGCGGACUCGGACCUCGAGUCCGUCGCGUCCGUCACGUCCAGCGCCUUCAGCACGCAGUCCGAACGACCGCGACCCACCAGGAUGCUCAGCAAUGACUACGGUGGGCGUGAGAAUGGACGAGGCAACAACCAACAGCAGCAACCUUUGGAGAGACGAGAGUCUCGACGUGGCCAGUUCACACGCAGUUUGAGCAACGCGGAUGUGCCGCCGGAUGAAAAAGCAGAUAUGACUUUUAACAAAGACGGCAGCCUCAGCGACACUGCUCUUGGCGGAACCGGUGAAUUGGAACCUGCGAACGACGAUGUUCUGCUAAAGGCUGAGCCACGCGACUAUUUUGGGCCCGGAAUGGGCAAGAAAAGUAAUUCCACUUCACAGCUGUCGGCAACAGGGCGAAAAAGGAGGUUAGGUUUUGGUAAACGUGGAAAAAACUCAUUCACGGUCCAACGCAGCGAGGAAGUGGUGCCCGGCGAAAUGCGAGGAGGCAUAGGUGGAGUGUCACGGGCCUCCUCGGCCUCCAGCGAGAACGACGAAGACAGAUGGUCUCCUGGUAUGAGAGGCUCUGGGUCUGACGGCGGCGGGCUAUCAGAUUUCAUUGAUGGCUUAGGCCCGGGACAGUUAGUCGGGAGGCAGCUGCUUGGCGCGCCCACGCAAGGCGACGUACAACUAUCUAUGUGCUACCAGAAAGGAUUCCUUGAGGUGGAGGUGAUCCGCGCCCGAGGCCUAGUGUCGCAGCCCGGCCGCCGCACUCUCCCCGCGCCAUACAUUAAGGUGUACCUGGUGAGCGGUAAGCGCUGCAUCGCUAAGGCCAAGACCAGCACAGCGCGCCGCACACUCGACCCGCUUUACCAACAGACGCUAACGUUUAGGGAAAACUUCAAAUGUUGCGUGCUACAGGUGACGGUUUGGGGUGAUUAUGGACGUAUAGAGGGUAAAAAGGUGUUCAUGGGUGUGGCGCAGAUCAUGCUCGACGACCUUAACCUCUCUAACAUCGUCAUAGGAUGGUACAAACUAUUCGGAACUACUUCUUUGGUAAGAAAUUGAUCUUUCUGUGAUAAUAUGAAAUUAUUUCAUGUUUGUGGGUGUACUUGGUGAAUAUAAUGUUCUUUUUAUUUUCAGUAACCAAGGUUCAACACUGUCUACAAGUGCCAGGCGAACCUAUAUCACAAUAAAAAAUUAUAACUUGUCCAAAUAAUAAAUUUAGUGAUACUGCUUUAAUAUCAUGAUAAAACGCAAAAUAUCUUGAAUAUAGGAAAUUUUCUAUAAAACGAAAGGUAUAAAUAAUAAUAUAAUAAUAAUUUGUAUUUUUAUUUCUUUUGGAAUGCCUACCGGAGUUUUGAAUAGAUAGCAUUUUAUAGCAAUGAAACAAAUGUAUAGUGUACUCAAUAAUAUGUAAUUAAGUAUUAAAAGCCAAAUGCAA